ACGCUCCAUUUCGUAAUCCUUCGUAACGUAGAAACGCGCCGGCCUCUUUUUGCAUUCAGUUGCAAGUGAUACUGCAAUGUAAUUACCCGUCUAAGACUACAAUUAGCGGCGUCCGCUGACGACCUCGUAUGGAUACAGAGCGGCAUAGGGCCAGGCCAGGGGCUGGACCACUCAUCACAUCGCAUUUACACAUGCGCUUCAGUCAACAACAGUUUGCGCGCGCACGCGUGCUUAACUCCGUUUUUACCUUAUCCGCCGGCACCGAACAUACCCAGUAUUGAUCGGGCCUCCGCCGCGAUACGGCGUCUCGAAAAUGGUAUACGAAUAUUCGCGCGGGUCAAACAGUGUUCGAUAGGAUUUUUGUUGUCUCAUACCGGCCUUCUUCGAAAUGGAAGAGUGGGAGAAAGGCGUUUAUGUGUUGUAGAGGACGAAGUGAAUAUAACGAUUAUGUCGAAGAUCCCCGUCGAUAGAAGUGUCAAAUCAAGAUCAUUAAAUAUUAACGGAGUAUGCUUCAAAGAUUACUCUUUGAUUGGAAGCCUACGCUCUGGCGACAUAAAACCUAUAGAUAUUCCUAAAAGGAUACAAACAGUGAAUGCACCGAACAAUGACAUAACGGAUAAAAUAUUUCAUACAACCUAUCAAAGUUUUAUACCUAAAAUGAGUCUAAACCUAGAAAAAGUUGUAGAGAAAAAUCCAAGAAUUUUAGAUUUACGAGAAAAAUUAAACGAAAUCACAAAGAAACAAGAUCUUAAAGAUGCAAAGACGAAAAAUUAUUUAAAUGAUAUAUCACAGCAGUUCGUCGAAGAUACUAAUGAAUCAGGUCCAUACAGUCUUUUAUUUGAUCUCCAAGCGGACCCUUCAACUUCAUGUGUUAAAGGUAAUAAAGGGGAAUCGUGGAAAAGAUCUCAAAAUGAUGUAUCAACUGAUAAUAUGCCACAAAUCGUAAAUAAAAUAACUAAUUCUACUAAUAAAAGCCUUGAAAGGCUGCCUAAUGUUCUUAACUUCGAUGACAAACCCAUGAAAGAGUUUGAAUAUUCGUGCGAGAAAGAAAUUCCAAUUCCAAUCAAAACAACAUUCAAUACUCAUUCAAGAUCCGAUCUAUGUUUGCAACUUAAAUCACAUGUUCAUCCACGAACUUACGAAACGAACCUCAGUCCGAACGAAAACUCUAUGAGCAGAAACAAUGAAGAAAAUUCUCUGGAUGACAGCUUAGGCAUUCUGACCCCUGAUCAAAUGGAUGACAUUUGUUAUUUAGAGAAUGCGUUUUCGCCUACGGUCGAGGGACUACCAAUAUUUUGUGAUAGCGGAGAUUAUAAAGCUUCACCUGAUAAUGGCGAUACUCCUUCAACGGAUAAGACUGAAAGCAAUUCAGCUGCGUCGACAAUACAAAAUGAAACUUUUGAAAACGUAAAUAUUAAAAAAGGAAAUACAUUUUCUAAUUCCAUGGCACCUAUUAUUUCUCUUAAAGCAUUAGGAACUCAGAAUAAAAACGAAUUAAGCUAUGACAGUAAUCAGUCAUCAGUACUUAAUUUGUAUGAUAAAACGUAUUGCAGUUUAUUAGAUACAAAAAAAGAAAUUAAAUACACUUCAGAGGCGGAAGACAAUAUUGAUUUGUACAAGUCUGAAGAAUUUACACAAAAUUUGGUGGAUGAGGAAUUUAUGCCAUCGAUUCAUGGUAGUAUUUUAGAACCUGCAAGUUCUAUUGCAGAUACAACUAUCAAUUUAGAAAUUCCUUUAGAUUGCAAAGCAGAAAAUCGUAAUGCUAAUCGUAUAGAGCAAACCCCAUCCCCGGAAGAUUUACCACUUGAUAGUUCUGAAAUAAAUGGCGAAAUCAGCACGUAUUCUCAAUUCUCAGCGUCUACGUUGCAUGAUUCACAAACUUUUUCAGACAGCAAAAAUGAUUAUACAAAAUCUAUGGAGACUUCAAAGGUGUCAAAUAGUUUUAUAACGAGUAUCACUAGCAUAACUAGCUUAGACGGUUAUCAAGGUGACGGUGAAAUGUCAAGACCAGUGAGUCGAAGUGCAGAUCACCCUAUGGGACCUCGGGAGGAUGUCAUCGAUAUGGAUUGGCAAAAUGUUCCCGUGGCAAGAAGGGUAGAUCCCAUGACUGACUCCGAUUUCUUUACUGAAAGCGAUGCCGACGGAUUAGACGAACACAUGCAAAAAGGUGAUCGACGAGCUCAAGUUAUAGAUGGAGCUCUAUACGGUGGUAAAAAUGGUAACACAAAUGCUCCUUUGAUCGUCACGAGAAGUGAAGACUCAUGCAUGGAGUCAAGUGGCGUGUAUACAGAUUUUGAAAACCAUCGUGCAUCUCCAGUAUUUUUACACGUAAUAAAAGAUAUGUCUCCAGAUUCAACACCGUCGACUCGAUCAGAGUGUAGUCAGAAGGAUUCUAGCUCUAAUAAAUUGAAUACGUAUUUUACACCAUUAGAAGAUACCUUGGAAGAGCAAAACUCUGAUGUGUCACACGUAAUCGAUGACGACAUAACCCCCAAGAAUACGAGCAAAAGAAACUCUAUAAAUAGCGAAAAGGAUAUACGGACUAACGAUAAAAAUAAAGAAGAAAAACGAAGCUUUACCUUAAAGAAGUACAAAAUGCCUAAACGUGAUGUCCCUAGUAAAUUAAAAACUAUGUUGGCAAGCAGAAAGACUGAUGCAGACGCCAGCGUACAAAACAGUCCAAAGGCGACUAAAAAGAGCGAGAGGCGAGAAAGUUUUUUAAAAAAGUCUUCAAUGGAAAUGAAGAACGAAUACAAAAUGAAAUCUUUCAAGGAUAUUAAAUCGAAAGUUGAUUGCACGUUUUCGUUACAACGGUCGCAGACUGCGUGCAGUGUUACAAGAAUGUUAAGCGCUAAAUCUACUAAUAUGAACACGAAACCAAAAAGCCGUCAUAUGCGCAUGCGAAUGGAGCUGGGCUCGGCCAACGGCAGUGGCAAGAGCAGCCUGCACAGCUCGCAGAGCGACAUUAGCGCCACCAGCACGCCGCUCGGCAAGCACACCACUAGCCGCUUCCCAUUACUGAGAAAUGGCAAGAAAAGAGACAGCGCCCCGACGCCGACAACCCCCGCGCGGCCCCCGCCGACACCCCCGCAACCGCCCCCCGCGCCCGCACAGGUCAAGAAAAAUGGUGUGGUGCAGAAGCUAUCAUCGUCCCCCGUGACCGUGCGGGCGCGCACCUCCCUCGCGCCGCCACCGUCCCCCAGGAAACCUCCGCCACAUCGCGCACCAGCACAGCGACCCAACACUUUGACCACCAAUAAAGAGCCGCCGCGCGUUACAGCGGCGGUGGGGCCGCGCAGCAAGCGGGCGCAGACGCCGCAACCGGCGCGUACGCCCGCGCCGCCUGCUCCUCUGCCCGCGCCUCUCGCCGCUCCGCUUGUCGCCUCGCUGCCCGCACCUCCUACCACGCCGCCUCGUGAACACGUCACAGCGCUAGCUCACGCCGCUAAAGGCGUUGAAGCACUAGGAGUUUUAGUGCAGUAUUUAGUUUUUAGACUGGACGCACUAAACGGCGGGUCGUGGCGGCUGGAGGCGGAGCGAUGGCGCAGCGUGGCUGCCGCCGAGCGCAGCAGCGCCGCGCGCGCCGACCGCGACCGUCAGCAACGCGCGCAGAAGGAUCUCGACACCAUCGCAGAAUGCCUGAGCAAGAUCUCAGAGCUAGAGAUGGAGGUUUCUUCCAAGGAAGAAGCCAACGCUCGACUCCAGGCCGUCCACAUGGAAGAGGUGACCGCUCUGGCAAACGACAUCAAGGGACUAAAAGAUACGAUAGAGUCCCUGAAGCACGAGGUUGCAGAGAGCAGGGCGCGGCUGCACGCGCACAGCGAGGUGGAGCGCACGCUGCGUGCGCAGCUGGAGGCGGCGCGGGCGCAGGCGGCUCGGGGUGAGCGCGGCGAGGGCGGCGGGCGCGCGCGCCGCGACGCCGCCUGUGACCCCGUGCGCUGCGACGCCGAGGACUUCCAGCUGCGACUAGAAGCUGGACAGGAGAUCAGCACCGACGCUAACGAACUAGCCGCUGAGGUGCGCUCUCUACGGGCGGUGAUAGAGCUAAAGCAAGCCGAGAUGGCAUCUCUGCGUGACGCGCGCACUGAGCUAAGUGCGGAGCGCGAGAGACGCGCGGGGGCCGAGCGCGAGGCGCGUGCUGCGCGGCACGCGGCCGAGGAGCUGCGCGAGCGCGCCGCCGCCCGUCAGCGAGACGUGGACCGCCUGCGCGACGACAAUCGCCGAUUGCGCGAUGCCGCCGCACGUGACCGCGAUCACGCCGCGCGCCUCGCCGCACUCAACGAGGAGCUCAGAUACAAGCUGCGACAGAAGAGCCAGGUGGUGUCACUGCUCGCCGGCGGCGGGUACAUAGAGCGUGCGCCGUUGCGGACACGCACGUCGUCGGGCGAGUCUGCGCGCUCGGGCUCCCCGCCCCCCGACUCCCCGUCCCCCUCCGCCUCACCCGCCGCCUCCCCCGCGCCCGACGCUCCGCACUCCCCGCACUCGCCCCACUCGCCGCCGCUGCCCGCCGUCAAGGGCGUCGUCGAGAAACACGAUUCUGUCAGCUGGGUGCUAGAGAUCGAAGAAUCGCCCGAAGAAGUUGCCACGAGGUUGGCGAGACGAUCGUCGUUCCGUGCGUCGGCGUCGCCGAGUGGAGUGAAGCGGCGCGGCGGGGGCUCGCCGGGCAGCUCGCCGGCGCCCGCAUCGCCUGCGCCCAACGCCUCCAAGCUGUUCCGGCCGGGCGAGCUCGACUUCCCGCCGCCGCCGCUCAAGGAGUCAGCCGGCGAGGCCAUCUACAUCUACGACGACCGCCAAUAUUGAGAUAAACUUUACACGUUGUGUUACGUCCGCGAUUAACUCGUAUUACUGCAGCGUACUCGGUGUACGCUCGCGUGCGCAGUGAGGCAGGGCGCGGGGACGUGCGGUACGCCGCGCCCGCUCGCCCGACAGAUUCGUGUUAAAUGGUGAACACACACGUGAUAAUGACUUGAACGACCUGAUAUUUGAUAUUCUUGCCGGACUUUUCGCAAAGUAUCGUACUGUGGGACCCAACUGGAAAGUAUUAAUAGUAGUAAUAAAGUCGAUAAUUCAAUGAAUUCGUGAGAUGUUGAAUCGCCGAUUGCGUUGGAGCCGUUCCUCCGUGGAAGUGACACCGAAGUGCGUGUUUUUAUAUUCAUGUUUGAAUUCUCUUCAAUAAAUAUGAUAUUAUAUAUGGCUAUUGAGGACUCUGCGAAUAAUUUAUGAGCUUGGUUGUAUUAUUUCGUAUAUAGUUGUAGUUAUAUUAUGCAAGUUUGCUCUUUCUGAACGGAAUUAGCUUAUGGUGAUAUGAAUAUGUUUAGCUCGCCAAUGAUAUUGUACCGUAGGGAAAUAGAUAUUAAAUACCGGAAUCAAUUCUGUGGGUUAUUUUUCAAUGACGUUUGUCUUAAUGCUCUCGAAUGUGUCUUUGGAUACGAUUGAAAUAACCUACAGCUCGACUCCAAAACAAACUCACUAUUAUAAUAAUUAGCUUUUCUCAGAAUCUGGCCUCUAUAUAUAAUUGAGUCGAAUUGGCUACAUUUUGGAGAAGACAAUAUUUUGUACCUGUCAAUUGCGCCAGUAAAUAAAAAUUGUCCCACUUUUAAUACCUAAAAAUUUCAUCUUAUCUACCAUUAUCCUUUCUGUAGUUUUUUAUUCCUAUGAUAUUUAUUUUUAAUUUACUACAUUCUUUGAUCUGAAAACUUAAUUUCACUAUUCAAUUUUUGUUUAUUGGCGAAAUUGUUCUUUUAAAAAAAAUGUAUAAUGUAUUAAUUAAUGCUGUUCAUUUAUUCAGGCAUGUGUUUAAAGCAGCGACGUCUGCUUGUUUUAUUAUGAUGUACUCGUAUUGUUUUGUGUCCAUUAUUACAUUUAUAACUUAAUUAUUAUAGUUUAUCAUGGUUGUUGGCAUUGUUUUAUUUUUUAUGUACAAAUAACAAUUUAAAUGAUGAUGUAAUUUAGUUUUAAGAAAAGCGAUAUGCUCGUUGAAAUGUCUCACUGCUGUGUCGAAGCAGUUAGCGGACACGUGACUCUUAUAUACUUCAGUUUUGUCUACAAUCUCAUUAUGUACUUAGAUGUACGAAUAAUAUUAAAAGAUGCAAUAAAACCAAAGAGUAUCAUUCAUCUUAACUCUUUGUCAUGUUCCUUAUAUAUAUAUUUUUUAAUUUGCAUGCGCAGGAGAAGGAAAAUAAGUCAGAUGUUCUUUUUAUUUAUUUUUAAGCUAAAUGUUUCACAUAAUAUCAUUCCAAAUUAAGAAUUGUAAGCGAAAGUAAUGAUUACGUGAUUAGGAAACUAUCUAAUAAUACAAAAAAUAAAAUUAUAUGUGAAAAAUAAA